GACGCAGAUGUUUUUAAAUGCAUACUCGAGACGUUGAAAUCUUUCUCGGUUGAAAUCUGGACGAAAUCGCGGAUCACGCCCCAAGUUUAUUUCGCUUCUUUAGAGAAUCUGGCAUUUAAGUGUAAAAAGACAUGUGCUUCUACGUAGAUUUGUUCUCUUCAUCCGGUGCCUUCGGCGAGUACUUUAUGGUCCACAUAUUCUUGUCUGUAUUUGUAGUGGAGUCACCACAUACAUUAUGUAUAGCAGGGUUAACUGCAAGUGUAUGCUUUAUACACAUCAAAUCGAACAAUGCAUUGCCCUUGAAAUGGCCGACGAGGUCACACCCGACGGCACUCCAUCGUAGCAAUUCUCGACCAAUCGUUACUACAGAUCUUUGGUAACCAUGACGACAUGGCCAUCGACGCAGACAUCGAGGACUACUUCAGAGAGCAGCAUAUUAACACAUCGACACACACGACCGCGUCUACCAGGAAUACACUACUGCAGCUAGAUCGGGCGCAUACGCUGUCAUACACACAGUCCUUCCUAGCAACACAGUCUGGGGAGAGUCUCUCUACCUACUACCUGGACAUUCAUGCACCUCUAUCUGAUGGUAGUGCGGUGAAGGACGGUGACGUACCGGGAAAGGAUGGUACUGCGGAGGACAAACAGACGGCACCAGAUGCGGAUACAGCCACGGAGCACGAGACGCCUGAUUUGCUCAAGAGCCGUGUAGCGACCAGACUGUGGUUUAUGGAUAGCGGGGGAGGUGUGCUACCCUUGAGUGUGACUGGAGAGCAGCUGGACUGGCUUACAGACACCGCCGAGAGUUUGGCGGAGCGCGCGCACGAGGGGAGGCCCGGGGAGGCAUCUAUAAAUAGAAGGAGUACAAAUGCGCACCCGAAAAGUACGGGAUCGUCUGCGCAUGCGAAAGUACAGGUGGCGCAGGACAGUCGCAGACAGAUAGACGGGCAUGUACCAGGCUUCUUGUUUGUCCAUGCACCGCCACCCGAAGUGAUGCAGUGCCACUGUAGCCGGACGUCCCCAUCACCCUCGCCCAAUCAGAACGUGGCGCGAUCCCGUAGUUCUAUUUAUAGAACAGGUCUUUCCAAGUCGGUCGGUGGCAGGGACUUGUCGGCCACGAGCACCUCCGCAGCUUCUAAUUCCACAUGUUUUGGAACAAGGGAAGACAGCAUAGACCCGUUCUCUGUUGGUUAUCAGACUGGGGAUAGUAGGUAUAAAAACGGAAUCGAGUCUAAUAUAUCACUUUUUGGAGCGACGAUAGCAGAUGCGGGUAUCAAAUUGGUCGCCUUCGGACAUAACCAUGGCAACGAUUUCUGUUGCUCAGCAACGAUUGACGGUCAGGAGCAACACAAGGAUAGCAUGUCAACGCGUCAACUGGGACUGUGUUUCGGGCGGCAUUCGGGGUAUGGGGGAUACGGUGAGAAACGCUGGGCCAAAGGUGCGCGAGUGUAUGAGUUAGAUCUGAGUGUCACACACGUGGCCACACAUGUGCGUCUGGAGGACGGCACCAUAGUGAGUCAGGGCGUUGUACCGAACUUCUUCUCGGAUGCCGGGAUAAGCAAUACGCAAGGGGAAGGGAACGCGAACCCGCAUGCACACAGACAUGAGCACGGAAAUAAACCGUCGUAUGUCACCCCGGUAGUGAUGUUUGGGCUGAUGAUUGUUUCAAGUAUGAUUGUUGCGGUUUGGUUACGGUGGAAUGUUCGGUCUAGCCGUAACAGAAAGCCCGAGGAGAUUGAGCAGCUGCCAAUGGCGCGGAUCGCACCCAGACCACUCAUCAGUGAUAGUGUUACGAGUGACGUCUUGGACUCAGACAGGCUGCUAAGCAGCGACUAAUUCGCAAGAGAACCGAAUUGUUGACGAGUAGUAGUUGUUUUCGUAAAGGCAGAAGGGGGUACAUAGCUACAUAUGCCUUGAAAGAGUGUUUAUUAUUAUUUUAUAAGGUGCAGAGGCAUUAGACGUAUUGGGAGGGGUAGCACCCCGAUUGGAGGCUCGGGCUCCGACAGGCUCCUGAGCAGUCUAUUCGAUUGACCUACUGAUUGAUGAAGUUGGGGCUAUACCAGGGGAAAUAUACGUAGAAAGGAUUUGUAAAGCAAGUGAGAGGUAUAGCGCAAUGGGGCUCACUGGGUUCUGACACAAACGAGAAUAGAACAAAUAGUGACAUUCAGAUAUCAACUGGCUGCUGAGCAAUUCUUGGGACGAUUUGAAGCCUCGGUAACAAAGGAGUGAAGUGAGUGCAGGUGAAGCACGAGAGGAGUUACAAGUGGCAUUGGUGACACAAAAUUAGUACACGAUUAUACAGAUAGAGCACACGAUUAUGCAAAUAUAGUACAUGAUUAUAUUAGUUAAGCACAUAAUCGUACAAAUACAGUACAGAAAUAAACAAGUAUAGUAUACAAUCCAC